AUGUCGCUGGCCUCGCCCCACAGUCAGGGGCUUUCACCAGACAAUGCGCUUCAAGAUCGUCACGCGCCAGAUCCCUAUUUGUCUGCAACAUCCGACCCGGAAGAAAUCUAUUUUCAAGCCAGUGCCAUUCGAUUAACACCGUCGGGGAGUCCUGGGCAGACAUUGGGCUCCCCUGAGGACGCUCGGAUCGACUCCACACUGCAGACGGGCUAUUUGGACCCACGAAAUGAUUAUAACAGCGCGUGUACCUCCCCGCUUUCCGACAAUGCUUUUGUCGAACCGCAGGCGAUUGAAUUGGCCAGUGGCUCGAGUAGCUGGCGAGAUGAGAGCUUUUCAUCCUACCGGACAGACACCUCCGUACCUGUCAAUUCCGCAUGGUCUUCGCCCAUGGCCCCCAAUGUUUUUAAGUGGACAAGGACAAGCUCGGAGCAAAAUCAGAAUUCAUCGGGCGCCCUGCCAAGUCUAGAAAUCGACGAUACCAACGCCGUGCAGUCAAUUCCUAGUACUUACCAAGCUGGUCUCGGUGUCUCUUACGUCCCAUUAAAUGAGCCAUCCCGACUCGGCGUCACGACUAACCAGGAGCCAAAUAACGAGUUGGCAUCGGACAUGACUAGGGGAAGGAGCCCCGUUUUCAAGAUUGAAACUUUCUCUCGAGGCGAUUCACCCAAAGGACGCACAACUGGCCACCAGAGGCACCGCAGCCAGUCCUCUGCGCAUUUAUCCGCAGCGGACCCGAACGAUCUAUCGAGCGAGUCCGAAGGUAGUGAAUCGGAUGAUCACAAAUCCAAUUCAUCUGUCUCGGUCAAGCGAUCUCCUAACGGCACAUGGAUUCGACACCCUUCUACACACUUAGCUGGCCUCGACCCAUCCUCUCGUGGAAAUGAAUAUGUGCCGAGUCCCAACGAUGUCCUCAUAAAGCGAGAAAGAGAGGAGAAGAAUGAAGACAUCACACACUGGUCUGUAACUGUGAGCAGGGCUAACAGCGAGACCGGCGAUGAACCACCUAGUCCUCCGCGCCGACACCAUGUCCCAAGCAGACUUCGAGCGAGGAGCACUGGAGACCGUCCCCUGAAAGAAGAGGACUAUUUCAGUUUGAAAUGUCGCUCCGUGGACCGCUCGUUCCCCGGACCCGGAGUUCUGGUACACGAAAGCAGUGACGAAUUGCUCAGCGAGGACGAGGAAAGUAUAGCCACUGGUUCGGACUCUAUACCGGCCAUUGUCGAUGAUCCAGGCAGAUAUGAUCGCAGCACACCGGAGAUCUAUUCAUCGCUUGGGCCGAAUCAACCAGAUGAAGGCCUCCGUUUAUACCCCUGGCACGAUCCACCUCGUGACUCGACGCCUAGAUCAGAAGCGAUGCAGCCGACUAGCUCCACCGAUGCUAUGAUAGCUUUCCAGAAACGCGUUCGAGAUCUGGAAACGGCAUCGCUUACAGCGACAAUCGAUAACAACAGCAUUAUCAACGUUGCUACAUCUCUUGAGAAAUUUACAUUGGGGGAUCAACCGAAGAAGCGUACCAGCCUUUUAAAGCGUCCGUGGAUCCAGGCGUCUUCGAAGCUGAAGCGUCAAGCUUCCGACUUAUCCAUCAUCAGUCAAUCCAGCACCUACCCUGGCAUUCAGCCGCGUGAAGAACCGGAACCCCAACCGAAACCGAGUUACUCGCCCCGGAAUGUCUUCUCAACCCGUCGGCAUUCACGGUCACCGAGCUUGACCAACGCACUCCUUUCCAUGUCUAGUCAAAUGGCCGCCGUUGGGGGUAGUCGCUCCGUCCAAGCGGUCUCACCCGCACCCUCACCAAAUCCCGAGAGAAAUUCAUUAAGUCUCCCGCUUAAGGGCCGAGGACGAAGCAGAAGUGAAGUUCCCCGACCCUCCAGCCCCGGGUUGAUCAAUUUGAUGACCGCUCAUGGUGGACCACCAGUCCCGAACAUUACCUCACCUGGGAGGUUCAGCUCAGAUGCUGCCUAUACACCAAGAAGUACAUUCCUAGACAUAGAACCCAUUGGUGAGAACGAUAACAAUGCCACCAAGGGCAUUGUAAUGGACUUCCCAGCUGUCCAGAGUCUCCCAGACCCGACAAUUGAAGGGUUCAAAUCGCAGAUCAUGCAAUUGAAUCCGAGACUUGAGCCGGCCUUGCUUCACCGUCUUGCACAUGAACAAGAUCGCCGCUAUAAGCUCCUGGUCGGAUUGCAGCAAAACCACUCUCAUGCGGUCGCCAAUCAGACAUGCAAGUCUCGCACAUUUUGUUUCUCCCAGGGCGGGAAGGCUACUGUCCUACCGCAAUCCAAGGCUCCUAUCGAAUCCGAGACAGGCCAGAGUCAAUUCCGAGUCAAAAGCUUCAGUCCAGGAAAUGAGAAACAACAUGCUACAAGUGACGGUACAGGGGUUGCAGCACAAUACCCACCCGGAGUGCCUCCUCCGCCGGUCAAUCACCUCCCUGCUCAGUUCGAGUGUCCGAUUUGCUUCGAGGUUAAGAAGUUCCAAAAACCCUCCGACUGGUCUAAACACGUUCAAGAGGACAUUCAACCAUUCACUUGUACAUUCCCUCGCUGUACCGAGCCCAAGUCAUUCAAGCGUAAAGCAGACUGGGUCCGCCACGAGAACGAAAAACACCGACAGCUGGAAUGGUGGACCUGCGCAUUCUCCGAAUGCCAUCAUACGUGCUUCCGGAAAGAUAACUUUGUCCAGCAUUUGGUACGAGAACACAAAAUGCCAGAGCCCAAGCUCAAGACCGGUAAGGCCUCUGAAGCCGAUAUUGCGCCGAACAACCGAAGAGAAAAGGAUGUUAAACGCUUAUGGCAAAUGGUCGAAGAAUGUCGGCAUGAGACCGACCGAACCGCCCAAUCAGAGCCAUGUCGAUUCUGCGGGAAUGUCUGUAGCGACUGGAGGAAAUUGUCGGUCCACCUUGGCAAACACAUGGAGCAACUCGCCAUGCCUGUCUUACAUCUAGUAAAGCCGAGCGCCCCAAGCCCUGCCAACCUGACCAGCCAUGCCAACCUCAAGGAGGAACCAGUUCGCGGAUCAUCCGCAACCUAUCCCUCUCUUGCGUAUGGACAUGAACCGCUCGAAACGUCAUCAAACAACUACACGACCCGAAACACUAGCACGGCCAUCCCUGCGUUCUCAUUUAACGGCCCGCCAGUCGAGUUCCCCACUAUCUCUGGCAGUCCACUCAUCGAGGAGCCCGAGUCCAUGCCAGAGUCCAUGACUGAUUCGCUCACCCCUGACCAGUAUGCGUACGGAGUGGGCCAGUUCGGCUCAGCGCUCCACCCGUCACAGGCUCAUGCUCAGGCCCAGACUCAUCCCCUGCAUCAGAACUCAUUGACGUACCCGCCCUACGCCGUUCCAAGGCCAAGAACUCCAGAGACGGAAGCUAUGAACUCGUAUCCGAUGCAGGUUCAGUCCUUGUACCCCGCAGACGGCACUUAUGCUUAUCAACCCGACGUUAACUACUCUUCUGCCACUUAUUCCUCGGGUUGUUCUUCCCGGAUGUGA